GGUCGUUGCCGCCUCACUUGUUCACUCGAAUCCGUCAUAAACCUAUUCUCUUCCGGAAUCUGUUUGCUCUCCGUUCGCCCAACUGACUGACCUCUUCUUUUCUCCACCAAUGCAUCAUCCCCAUUGUACCGGUAUCGUGGUUUGUUACUAUAUUUAGACUUUACUUUGGUAGAGCUGUACGAGUACGAGGCACGGCGAGGGUGAGAGAGGAGCAAUAGUCACCUAGUGACGCAAGUGACGACAGUAAGACGAGCGAGGGUUGGCCGUGUUGAGGAUAGCCAGGGUGAUCAGACAUGAUGGAUUGGUUUGCGGAUUUCAUGGAGAAUGGGAUGGGAUUGCAGCUCCCCUUGCAGCAUGUGCCGGGAUCCUCGAUAUCACUGCCGCCGACAGCUGCUGAUUUGCAUUCACGAGCAAAUGGGCACUCAUCAACUGAAACUUUGCCAACAGAGUCGAUGACCACUCAUCAACAAGAAGGAGAAACACGGGCUAAAUCUAUGAGAGAAGUGCUAAUGAGGGAUAAGAGAACACCAAAAUUGAGGAAAUCUUGUGAGUUGUGUCGGGAUUCAAAGGGGAAGUGUGUUGUUCCUAAGGAGGGAAGGGGGUGCUUGAGGUUAGUGGACGAUAGUGUUUACUUUGGCUUUUGAGGUUAAUGAGCUUGCAGUUGUAUCAAAGAGAGGAAAACAUGUGUUUUUCUUGAGGCAAAACCGAGGCUGAAGAGGGCUAAGAACUCGAGGAUGUGAGUAUCCAAUUACCUUCUCGGCCCAUUGUUGGAAUUUAAGAACUGAUCAUACCACAGACGAGUUGCGGAAAUGGAAGAGAAACUUAAUAGUUUAAUGGCACUACUCGAGGCAAAUAAUCAAAAAGCCCAAAACAUAAAGAACACUCAAAACCAGAACCACGAUAUCCAAUCUCCAAAUCCCACACCUAAUGGUCACCACACCCCAUCAAUAUCCUCAACAACCCACCCAAAAUCAACAUCUUCAUCGGCCAACACACCUUCUCAAACUGAGCCACCAGCCCAAGCCACAUUAUCAGAACACCUCGACCAAAUAUGCGGUUUUGCCACCCCACCGCAGCAUCAAACUCAUCAACACACUCGACCCCCACACUCAACCCCAGCCCCUCUCGACCUCAGCCUGCAAGCUCCAGUCCACUACACAUCAUCCAUCUUUCCCUUUCCAGACUACGUAUUCAACGACCUCGACGACUGUAUCUCCAAGGGCAUGAUAUCCUUCGAGAGCGCUGAAGAUUCGUUAAAAUAUUUCAAAACUAAAUCUCAUACUUUUCCCUUUGUUUUGUAUCCUGAUGAGGCGAUGGGCCUUGAUGGGAUGAGGAGGGAACGGCCGCUUUUGUUGCUGGCUAUUUUGACUUCGGCACAGGGGAGGAAUAGGAGGGUUCAGGAGGUGUUGGAAGGGGAGCUGAAGGCGGAAUUGGGCAGGAGAGUUAUUAUGGUGGGGGAGAGGAGCUUGGAUUUGUUGCAGGGAUUGUUGGUUUAUCUUGCUUGGUGAGUUUUAUGUCUCCCUUUUUUCCCCGUGAGGACGUGAGAUGUAGAGAAAUUUUGGGUGGGAGAGAGGGUUAUGGUUAUACUUGUCUGUUUUCGAGUAUCCGGAUCUAGGGGUAGUGUGAGAAGUGAUGCUAAUGACUGUAGGUAUCAUAUGUACAUCCAUCCAAGAAAUGAUCAGAUGUACCAAUUUUGUCAAAUGGCUGCUGGUAUGGCCGUUGACCUGAAUAUCAACCAUCCGGAUGGAGACCACAAUCCAUUAGACAUGAUGACACCAUUAAGAUCACCAAAACGACCAAAAACCAGUUCCAUAGAUUUGGAAGAGAGGAGGACCUUCCUUGGGACAUAUUACAUGACCGCUUCGUAAGUUCACUUGCCCUUCUCCCCAACUUCACACAAUGCAAUCUAACAUCGUCUAGCUACUGUCAGGGUCUGAGAAGAGCAAGUCCCAUCCCACUAAACUACUACGGAGAAGAAUGUUGUCAAAUCCUCUCCCAAGUCUCCGUCACUGAAACCGACUACCUGAUCCCUUAUUUCAUCCGUCUUCAAAAGAUUGCGGAUGAUAUCAACAGGACAUUCGAUUACGAUAACCACGUCUCAUUGCCCGAAUUAGAUGCCCCCCGCAUCGAGAUCCUAAUCAAGGGAUUUGAGGAGCAAUUCAAACAAAUUGAAGCCUCUUUUACGGAAGAGAUAUGGAGGAAUCGUUCGUCUCCCCUUUCCUUCCCCAUCCUUGUAAGAAACGAAGAUGUCAAGGAACGAGACUGACAAAAGCAUGACAGCGGCAAUAACACUAACCUACCACUCCCAAAGAAUCUACCUCCACGAAAUCGGCUUCCACGCCUCACCCCCCUGCCCCUGCCCGCCUCUUAAAUCCNAUUCUCUUAACACUAACCUACCACUCCCAAAGAAUCUACCUCCACGAAAUCGGCUUCCACGCCUCACCCCCCUGCCCCUGCCCGCCUCUUAAAUCCUGUCCCUCCACCGCCUCCCACUCCUGGUACACCUCCCCCCUCCGCACCACACACCUCCUCCUCUCCCUCCAAACCUCCAAGCAAUACCUCGACAAAGUCCUCUCCCUCACCUCAGCCCAACUCGAAGACUUCACCCUCCCGGCCCUCAUCCGCCUCGUCUACGCCAUCCUCAUCAUCGGCUCGCUAACCAUGUACUUCGACGCGGCGGGCUUCGACCGCGGUAUGGCGCGCAGUAUCGCCGAUGUGGAAGUCUACCUCGACGGCUUGAUCCACAUGAUGGAGGAGGGCGCCAAGGGACUCGGUGAGGAGGGGAGUCUGUAUAUGCGUCGUGUCGCGUCGCUGUUUGGGCAUUACAAGAGCCGCUUUCUCGGCAUGGGGAUGCGUGAGACGGGGGUGGUGCCCACGAGAGGGUAUGGCUAUGGAGCGAAUGGACAGAGGGGUUGGGAAGGCAAUGGGAAUGGAAGUACGAAUUGGAAUGGACAUGGACAUGGGAAUCCGACGGGUGCGGGCACGGUUGGGCUACUGAGUUUCGCGAAUAUGAUGCCUUCGGAUUGUAUGAAUACUCUACCGUCUGCGAAUCGGGGCAUGGGGGGUGUGUCUGUGUCUGCGGCUGGAGCGGCGGCUUCGACGGGUGUGCCGGUUGGAAUGGAGAUUAUUGAUCAUUGGGAGGGGAUGCUGAGUACUUGGGAGGGAGCGUCGUUGGGGGAGGAGGUGAUGAGGGGGUUGGAUGGGAUUACGUAG